AUGGCCAGAUCUCUCGGUCUUCGUCACCUGGGCCUGGCGCGGCACGCCGUGCGGCACGCCGUGCGGCACGCCGUGCGGCACGCCGCGGUGCCCGCUGCUCGACCGGUGGCGUCGGCCGCUGUGGCCAUCCAGGCUCCGCUGGAGCACUGGCAGUCGGCAGACCUCUAUGUGAACCCGAUUUGUUCACAGAUGGAUCAAAUGCUGCUGAAAUGUGAGAACUUGGAAUCGGUGCUGGCGCUCUUGGUGACGCACCGUGGAGUCUUUUUCGUGCACAACCUGGUCACUGCGAUUCAGGUGAUGGCCUCCCUGGACGAGGCGCGGGAUGCCUUGGCCGUGAACCGCCUCCUGCGAGACCCCAGGUAUGAUGUCUUGCUGAGAGACUUGCUCCGUUUCGUGCCAAAGCUGGACUUCUUGGCCAUGACGAACGUGGUUUGUUCCUUGCAGUUGCUGGACCAUAAGUACUAUGCCCUGUUCUCGCGGAUGUUGCAUCCUCUCAUGCAGCAGCCGGGGCCCGAGGUGGGCACCUUGCUGCGGUGCAUGGAGGCCUACUGUUGGGCGGGUUACUAUGAACAGAACCACUUCUUCCGGCGCUUCGCGCAGGUUCUGGCCGAGAGCUUGGACGCCUUGGAUGCACCGCAACUGGUGCAGGGCGCGGUGUUGUUCUCGAACGCUGCGGAGUACCAGGAGGCCUUCUUCACCGCUGCCGAUCAGCGCCUCCGUGCCGACCAGAGCUCGGCGGUCCUGGCAGAGCUCAGCGCGCGGGAACUGGGUCUCACCGCGCAAGCGUUCACUGCGCACCUCACCACCAGGCAUGAUGAGCUCUUGACGCGCGUCGCGGAGCUCCUGGAAGUCCGUGCGAUGGAGAUGGACCCCGUGGAUUUGGUGCGAUGUUUACGAGCUUUUCACCGGUCCGUGCUGCACUUUCCAAGAGCCAUCGAAGCAGGCCUGGCCGCGUGCAGUGCGCCCUUGUACCGUGCCUGGUUGUUGCGGAAGCCCAGUGAUCAGCUGGAGCCCGUGCACGUGGCGGAGCUCUUGGAAAGCUCUGCCUUCUUUGGGGUCCCCAGCGACUUGAUGCAGGUUGCCUUGGAAUACUUGGCCGAACACGUCGAUGCCAUCCCCGAGCGCGCGUGCAUUCAAGUGGUCUUCGCCAUGUGUACCACCGGACAGGUGGCUCAUCACUCGCGGCUGCUGCGCUUCAUCUUCCGGAAGAUCGGUGCCGGAACAGCCUGGGAGAAGCAACGAGUGCGGGUGUUUCAGAUUUGGAUCUCACAGCUCUUGCAGUUCCCCUGGCUGGACGUGCGCCUGAAGCGCCGCACACUGGACAGCGCCUUGCGCGCCUGGCUGCUGCAGCGCGGCGGCUAUGGGGUGCCACACCCCGAGGAGGUCCGGGAAGUCUCGGAGGAGCUCGCAGAGAUGGGUGUGAAGCACCAAUGCUUCGUUCACCUGAAAGAAACGCCCUACCAAUUGGACGUGGUCUUACACACUGCGCACAAGGCAGCAUUCCUGGUCUCCAGCGAGACAGCGCGGAACUCGCUCACGCCGGUGGGCGGCGUCUUGUUGCAGUUGAAGCACUUACGGGACCGUGGUUGGCGCUGCCUGGUCAUUCCCCGGCGUGCUUGGCAGCGCCUGCCGUGCGCCCCAAGUCUCGCGCGGCGGGAGUACCUGGCAACGCUCCUGGAGAGCCUGGCGCCGCGAUGCGCUGCGCAUGGAGUGUGGAGUGAGGCCGAAAAAGGUACUGGCUCUCCUUCGCAGGCGACGCCCUCGCAGACGCUGUCGGAGAGAUCCCCCCCUCCCAACGUCGUGGUACUGUUUUCCAUCCACUGA